ACUUGGCUUGCUCCUUGGGGCAGGGGUAAAGGAGGGCUUGCUGUGACUUGCCCGGGACCACACCCUCUCAUGAGGUGACAGAGGACUCAGAGCAGAGAGAGCUUCCUCAAACCAUGACAGCGCGCUACCGAGUCCCGGAAUUGACUGAAAUAUUUCUGAGUGAACUCAAAUCCUCAAAUCCAAAGUAAAGGGGAAGUAAGAAGGGAGAAAUGUCAGCUCUCUGCUAAGUGACCUGUCAGUACUCUGAAGACAGCAAGAAGAGAACAUCUCUGAAGGGGGGCAUCAUCCCCUGAUUCUUAACACAAAAGAAAAAGAGGAAUUUUUCUUCAGCAAAUCAUAAAAAAUAAAUCUACAACCUUUGGAGACCCAGGAACGCUACCCAACCUCUCCUCGGCGUGUUUUGUAACCAGCACACAGGAGAGUCACCUAUAUGGAGUGAUUGAAUUGUCUUCCACUUCUGCCUCAAGUGUAUCACACAGGUGUCUCUGCUGCCUUGUUCACGCUCCUUUCGUGUUCCGAGGUGGCGCUCCAGUCCUCCUUGGCUCUAAAUUGUUGGCUUCCUUCCUCUGUCCUAAGCAUCUGCCUCCAUGGAUCACGCACUGAGGCAGGGAGUACCACACCUCAUGCUCUCUCGGCUGCUGGUGCUGGCUGGCCUUUUGUACUUGGCUUCAGGCAGGCAGGUGACCAAGGCAGUGAGAGAAGCAGUGAUGUUGUCCUGUGAGUAUAACAUUUCUGUUAACGAGCUGGAGAGAGUUCGUGUCUACUGGCAAAAAGAUAGACAAGUGGUGCUGAGUAUCACAUCUGGGAGAACAGAAGUGUGGACUGGGUAUGAAAACCGGACCACCCUUGACAUCCCUAAUAAUCUUUCCCUGGUGAUCCUGACCCUGCGCCUGUCAGACAGGGGCACUUACUCCUGUGUCGUUCAGAAGCCUGAAAAAAAUGGCUUCAAACUGCAACACCUGUCUUCAGUCAUGCUCUCCAUCAGAGCUGACUUCCUUGUCCCUAGUAUAACUGACCUUGGAAAUCUAUCUACUAACAUUAAAAGGAUACUAUGCUCAACUUCUGGAGGUUUUCCUAAGCCUCGCCUCUCCUGGUUGGAAAAUGGAGAAGAGAUAGAUGCCACCAACACAUCCAUUUCCCAGGAUCCCCUGACAGAGCUGUUCACUGUCAGCAGUGAACUGGAUUUCAACAUGACAAGCAAUCACAGCUUCAAGUGUCUCAUCAAGUAUGGAGAUACAACAGUGUCGGAGACAUUCAGCUGGCAGAAACCCCAGCAGCAAGAUGGUCGUGAUAAUCCCAAUAAUCAGCUCUCGGUGUGGAUGAGUUUCCUGACUGCAGUAUCUGUGUUUCUUGUCAUCGCACUUGGGGCCCUGGCCUGCAACAGGUUUGCCCCGAGAUGGAGAGAGAGAAGAAGAAACGAGGCAAGACUGCAAAUACGGACGAUCUAUAGCGAACCAGAGAGGCAACGAGCUGAACAGAAUGUCUGAAGGUCCUGCCUGUAUCUGUGAUGACUUCUUCUAGAAACUUCUUCAGACAGCCAGGAUGAUCCUGCCUGCGCUCUAGGACAAAACUCUACCCUUCUGUGCUCUGCAUAAGCAAACUAGUGGAAUAUUGCAUGGGCACCACAGUAGCCCCGGUGACCUUGACAAGCAGGACUUAGAAGUGAAGAGUUCCUGUCCAGAAGGGAGAAUACUAAGGCCCAGGGAGAGGGCUUAUAUUGUGAAGGCCAGAGCCAGAACACAGAUUUCCUGGUGCUCUUUCCCUUCUUCAGUGAAUCACCCAAAACAGAGUCCUUAAGAGAUAAUACAAAUGGUACCAUUCAGCCCCCAAAGCAAUAGAGAUUGGAGAGGGAGAGUUUAAAUAAAUAUUCACAGUCUAUGGUUCAUAUUGGACUGAUAACCUCUUUAAACAGCUUGAGGCUAGUAUGGUCUCAUUUGUGAAACACUCAUGAGAAAGUUCUCAUGUAAGAUGAGAUAAGUUUUUUACUGUGUAUGUACUGGGUAGUAAGCGGUCUUCAGAAAUAAGUGAUGGAGUUGAUUUCAGGGCUCCUUAGACCUCUUUUCUAUUUCUGGAUCCUCUAACAUCAGCAGAGAAUUGAAAAGAAAGAAGCAGACAACUGCUGUUCCUGUGUUAUUCCCGAUUCUUUUUCUGAAAAGGCCUUCCACAACUAGUGGACUAGGAGGGGACCCAACCUAAACCGGGACAAGAUACUCUCAUCUGAAAACAUGUGGUUGGACAGGAAGUUUCUCAAAUGUGGCUGGAUUUAAAAUGUUUCAUUUUGGUAGCUGUAAGGGGGACAGAUUCUGCUCUACAGCAUAAGAAAUGAAGGUAUGGUUUUUUUUGUUUUGUUUUGUUUUGUUUUUUGGUACUGGGGAUCAAACUCGGGUCCUUGCACUUGCGAGGCAGGCAGCGGAACCACUGAGCUAAAUCCCCGGCCCGAAAUGAAGGUAUGGUUUGAAAUGGUUCUGCUCAGAACUAAGUCACUGAACUUCUAAGUCAAGAACUUAAAGCAAGAAAAACAAACACCAUAAAACCCAGGAACUACAGCAUGGAAUUAAGAUUCAUAAUUCUUAGACAUAAUCAAAACAACACCUGAAAAAGAAUUACUCAUAAAGUUAAGCCUAAG